UCAUGGAAAAGGAGAAAAGGGGCGUCAAAAAAUUGUUGAUUGUCACGUAGAUAGUGUAUUUUCAAAUAAUCGAAAAAACGCGACAAAUAAACGGCGAUGAAUAAAGCAGAAGAGGAAUACGUUGAGAGAACAUUCAUCUACAAGUUUCCAACAUGUACCACGAAUCAAGAAUACAAACUGGAAAUUCCCUUGAAAAUUCCGUAUCACGGUUCUAUAAAAGAGUUAAUGCAUCGUAUAAUGUCAUCGUUCAAACUACCUUGUUAUGUGGAAUCGGAUUUAUUGGAUGCCCUGCAGCGUAAUAUCAAGGAGCUUACGCUGCAGUUUCACGAUGAAAAGGCGGAGAAACUUAUCGAAGCUGCCAAAGCAGGCAGUUUGGAUUUAGAAGACAUAAUUAAGAAUUGGGAGAAAAUAUAUAAGCAGAAGACAGUAGAAUAUUCUGAUCCUAUUGGGACCACAGAUGAGGAAUUGUUUGCUGCGGCAUAUCACAGAUUAGUGCAUUCUCCGUCCUUAGAACCAAUUUUACAGGCAGAACACAAAUUUGGACGGGAUGUUACUGAAGUAAUUCAAAUGAGGGAUACUGACUAUGAACAUCUUACGCAAAAGCAAACCGACGAAAUGCGCGUUGCUGUCGAGGCCCUCGAAGCGGGAUCUACCGAAAAAUCCAUAAACGACAUGGCUGGUCGUCACUUCGAGGAGCAAAGUCUAUUGCAGGGUUACUGGGGAUCCAGAAUCGACGCAUUAAGAUUAGAUCAACGACGGCAGUACCGAAAUUGGAUCAUGAGGCUGCUCGAAGAGCAACAGACCAGUAUGGUAUCCACGCCAAUGGGUUCGCCUAUGGUACCGCUGCCGCCGUUGCGUCCGGCUUUAGACAAAUUCGUUCAUAGCGAGGAGAAGCAAACGACAGAUUAUCCCCUACUAGAAGAAAGCUUCACCAUACAUUUGGGAUCUCAGAUGAAACAAAUGCACAACAUACGUAUAUUGACCGGAGACGUACUUGAUUUUUGUCGUACGAAAAAUAGCGAGUCCGGGAUGGAUCCAACGCCGCAAAGAUUGCAAACAGCAUUAGGACUAUACUCGAACGAUCUCUGUGGAUUAGUCCUCCUAAGCGAUAAUCAUUUAGGCAGUUAUUCUGGAAUAACAAAAGAAUUAUGCUCGAUAUGUCAAUUAACCACGGAAUUCCAUUUUCCACCUAUCGAUGAGCAAUUGGAAAAAAUUCGGGAAGACGUGAAGGACGCCGUUGCUUGGAGGCAGGCGCACUACAGGGAAGGGAGCGAUCACCAUGUAGGCAAUGCGAAAAAAUCCACGACGAGCAAAAGUCUGCAAACAGGCGACGUUUUUAUCACGAGGCAUUCCAAUCUGGCGCAAGUUCACGUAGUGUUCCACAUGGUGGUAAACGAUUCCCUGAGAUCCGGCGAUAUCAACUCGAGACAUCCCGCUAUUUUGGGACUGCGAAACAUUUUAAAAACGGCGUGUUGCAACGAUGUGACAACGCUGACAAUACCCGUGCUGCUCGUUCAUGAAAUGUCAGAGGAUAUGACGGUCGCUUGGUGCACGAAACGAGCCGAGCUAGUCUUCAAGUGCGUGAAAGGCUUCAUGAUCGAAAUGGCCUCUUGGGGUGGAGCCGAGUUGAAGAAUCUGCAGUUUCUCGUGCCGAAAGGAAUGUCGGAGGAGGUGUUUGGAACGUUAGCCACAAUGUUGCCUAGCAUAUUUCGAGUGUCGAACCCGCUAGUUUUCAAGGCCACCAGCACUCCGCAAACGCCGAAAAAGUGAACGAUUUCACUUGACUCUGUUAUCGUAACGUAUAUUCGAGAUGCUGCUAUAUUUAUUGUUAUGUAUCGCGCCUAUGCAGCUGUAAUUAAUUGCCGCGGGUGCGAAAUAAGAUACGACUCUGUGAAUAAAUGCUCGACUUUUAAUGAGUUUUUUGUUUAUAUUAUUUUCACGCGACUGAUUUCCCACCGAGUUGGACCGAUAUUCGCAAUGUUAAACAACUUUUCCAUCACAUAUCCUGUGAUUUAUUCAAUGUUGCAUUUCUCUUUUUUUAAUGUUAGUAAUAAAAUAUUAAUGUGCAUUUUA